UAUUAUAUUGCAGAAAUCUCCAUACUUUAAAACAUGGAUGAAUGCGAUUGGACCAAACUUGAGAGAUGGAAAGAAAACUCGCAAAAAUUAUUACAUUUGCGAACGACAUUUUGAUGACGGUAAUUUACAUCGAAUUCCUAUGAAUAUAUUAAAGGAUGGAAAAGAGGUGACCCUGUUACGUAGACGCCCAAUGUUAAAAUCGACAAGUGUCCCAUACAUUUUUCCAGGUUCAAGGCUUAUAGAUUCAAAUAAUCUUGAAAGCUCCUCGAUUAUAGAUUCAAAUAAUCUUCCAAUGGAAUGCACUUUAGAAAAUGGUUCAAGGCUUAUAGAUUCAAAUAAUCUUGAAAGCUCCUCGAUUAUAGAUUCAAAUAAUCUUCCAAUGGAAUGCACUUUAGAAAAUAUUUUUAACACAACGGUUUUACUAAAGGAGUGGAAUGCAAGACCUUCUUAUGAAUCCAUGGGGUCAUGGGGUGUGACAAAAACAACGUGUGGAUUACUUUUCAUACUUUUAGAAAGCACUUCAGAACAAUGUAGCAAUAUAGUACAGCGUUCUUUAUUUGUAAAGAAUGAUAUGACCAUCGAGGUACCUUAG